CGGGGGGGGGGGGGGUUUGGAAAAAUGACUCAGUAAGUUCAGCGCGCCCGCUCCGGCCGGCCCUGCGCCUCCCGCCGCGCCCGGGAUGUAUUCGUCCCCGCUCUGCCUGACCCAGGAUGAGUUCCACCCGUUCAUCGAGGCGCUGUUGCCUCACGUCCGCGCCUUCGCCUACACCUGGUUCAACCUGCAGGCGCGGAAGCGCAAGUACUUCAAGAAGCACGAAAAGCGGAUGUCGAAGGACGAGGAGCGCGCGGUGAAGGACGAGCUGCUGGGCGAGAAGGCCGAGGUCAAGCAGAAAUGGGCGUCGCGGCUGCUGGCCAAGCUGCGCAAGGACAUCCGGCCCGAGUGCCGCGAGGACUUCGUGCUGGCCAUCACCGGCAAGAAGGCGCCGGGCUGCGUGCUCUCCAACCCCGACCAGAAGGGCAAGAUGCGCCGCAUCGACUGCCUGCGCCAGGCUGACAAGGUGUGGCGGCUGGACCUGGUCAUGGUCAUCCUCUUCAAAGGCAUCCCGCUGGAGAGCACCGACGGCGAGCGCCUGGUUAAGGCGGCGCAGUGUGGCCACCCGGUGCUCUGCGUGCAGCCGCACCACAUCGGCGUGGCGGUCAAGGAGCUCGACCUCUACCUGGCCUACUUCGUGCGCGAGCGAGAUGCAGAGCAAAGCGGCAGUCCCCGGGCGGGGAUGGGCUCCGACCAGGAGGACAGCAAGCCCAUCACACUGGACACCACCGACUUCCAGGAGAGCUUCGUCACCUCCGGUGUGUUCAGCGUCACUGAGCUCAUCCAAGUGUCCCGGACACCUGUGGUGACUGGAACAGGACCCAACUUCUCCCUGGGGGAGCUGCAGGGACACCUGGCGUAUGACCUAAAUCCAGCCAGCACCGGCAUGAGAAGAACGCUACCCAGCACAUCCUCCAGCGGGAGCAAGCGGCACAAAUCGGGCUCGAUGGAGGAAGACGUGGACACGAGCCCCGGCGGUGAUUACUACACCUCACCCAGCUCUCCCACGAGUAGCAGCCGCAACUGGACGGAGGACAUGGAAGGAGGCAUCUCAUCCCCGGUGAAGAAAACAGAGAUGGACAAGUCCCCUUUCAACAGUCCGUCUCCCCAGGACUCGCCCCGCCUCUCCAGCUUCACCCAGCACCACCGGCCUGUCAUCGCCGUGCACAGCGGGAUCGCCCGGAGCCCUCACCCGUCCUCGGCGCUGCACUUCCCCACCACGUCCAUCCUGCCCCAGACGGCCUCCACCUACUUCCCGCACACGGCCAUCCGCUACCCACCUCACCUCAACCCCCAGGACCCGCUCAAAGAUCUUGUCUCGCUGGCCUGCGAUCCGGCCAGUCAGCAACCUGGACCGUUAAAUGGAAGUGGCCAGCUCAAAAUGUCCAGUCACUGCCUUUCUGCUCAGAUGCUGGCACCCCCGCCCCCCGGGCUGCCGCGGCUGGCGCUCCCCCCCGCCACCAAACCCACCUCCGAGGGAGGAAGCUCGUCGCCGACCUCGCCCUCCUACUCUACGCCCGGCACGUCCCCUGCAAACCGUUCCUUUGUGGGAUUAGGACCAAGGGAUCCAACGGGCAUUUAUCAGGCACAGUCCUGGUAUCUGGGAUAAGAAAGAUUUCUUCCCACGCCCUGCUCCUUCGUCCAGGGAAUCGAGGGGAGCCGCACAGCCGGCCCCCGGCCCACGUUUUCGGUGGCAAGCUAGAGCAAGCAAGAACACCCCGCUGACUCCCAGCCCGGCCGAAAGACAAAACACACAGACACAUAACACACAGGAGGAAAAAAAAAAAAAGAAAAAAAAAAAAAAGGAGAAAAAAAAAAAAAGACAAACGGGAAAAAAAAAAAAAACAAAAGAAAACCACACAUAAAAAUAAACCCACCCAACCAAGAAGAUAAAAGGUAAAGAUGGCAACGCUUCGGACUCUUGGGAUGCCGCGGCCGGACGGACCGGACCGGAGGGCCAGGCCCCACCGCCCCUGGGAGCGGGCGCUCGGGGCGUCCUAAGUUAUUCAUCUCCUCUCGCUGCUGCUCUGGGAGGGCUGGCUGCCCCCACCUCCGCCCUGGACCAGGUGAGCGCAGCCUGGUGCCCGUGCCCGGCCGACGGGGCAGGACACCCAGCGAGGCCGCCUCUCCCGCGCGCCCCCAUCGCCACUGCCACCGGGACAGUGUUUGCCAAGUGGGGAGGCAGCCCCCGGGGGGCCGGCGAGGACCCCGGCGGCAGGCAGCAGAGGCCACCGCGGAGGCCGGGGUGAGCAGGGGUGCGACGGGGGCGGAAGAGGGUUGCGGGGAGACCCCGGGCGUCGCCGGGGGACAAGGACGCAUGGCCAAUACUCUCUCAGGAGUGCCGCGCGGUUGUGGACCUCUCCGCCCCGCCCCAGAGCGCGCCGGGGACUCGGUCUUUGGUGAAGCCCCGUGUGCCGGCCCGGUUUGGGAGACAUCUCUAUGCAAAUGACCCCCAGCCCGCCCCCCCCCCAGGCAUAGGAGGCCACCCUAGCGCACCCCAGCCCCCGGGGGAGGGCCCCACGUUGCACACACUGUAAGAAAUGCACUUUCCGAGGAAGGGGCUGGGGGCGGUGGAGCGGAGGGGCCCGGAGCUGCUCUGGACUUUCCAUCCACCCAAGCCCUGAACGGGGAGGACCC